GAGCGGGUGCAGAAGAGCCAGUCGCAGGGAGACCGCUUCAAGGAGAUGACGGCCAUUAACAGCUCCCUGUCCAACCUGGGCAUCGUCAUCUCGGCCCUGGCCAACAAGGACGCCUACGUCCCCUACCGCAACUCCAAGCUGACCUACCUGCUGCAGAACAGCCUGGGCGGCAACAGCAAGACGCUGAUGUUCGUCAACGUGUCCCCAGAGCUGGACAGCUUCGGCGAGUCCCUGAACUCCCUGCGGUUCGCCAGCAAGGUGAACGACUGCGUGAUCGGCACGGCGUCGGCCAACAAGAAGAUCUGACCUCCGCCCGCGCCGAGACAGCUGUACAUACUGUAAAUGAGACUGUUUUUAAAUCGGGGCGCCGGCGCUGCGCCGGCCUCCUCUGUGAAUACGGGACUAUUUAUUUCCGACUCUUCUUGUAAUCGUCGCUGCCGGAGCCGGUGAAAUAAAGCUCUUCCGCACG